GCCCGCUGGGCCGGAGGAGGCGGAGCCGGCGCUGUCCCGGCUCCGGUGCGGGGAAGCAGCUGAGUAGGCGGCGCGGCGGGCUCGGGCGGCCGAAGAGGCUGGCAGGUGGCGCCGGCAGCGCGAGGAGAGCGCCGCCGUGGAGUGGGCGCACCCGGCCAGAGGAGUCCACUCCAUGCGUGCGGGCCGCGGCCGGCCCCUGCGAGCCGCCGACAUGAAGAAAGACGUGCGGAUCCUGCUGGUGGGAGAACCUAGAGUUGGGAAGACAUCACUGAUUAUGUCUCUCGUCAGUGAAGAAUUUCCAGAAGAGGUUCCUCCUCGGGCAGAAGAAAUAACCAUUCCAGCUGAUGUCACUCCUGAGAGAGUUCCAACACACAUUGUAGAUUACUCAGAAGCAGAACAAAGUGAUGAACAACUUCAUCAAGAAAUAUCACAGGCUAAUGUCAUCUGCAUAGUCUAUGCUGUUAACAACAAGCAUUCUAUUGAUAAGGUAACGAGUCGAUGGAUUCCUCUCAUAAAUGAAAGAACGGACAAAGACAGCAGGCUGCCUUUAAUAUUGGUUGGGAACAAAUCUGAUCUGGUGGAAUAUAGUAGUAUGGAAACCAUCCUUCCUAUUAUGAACCAGUAUACCGAAAUAGAAACCUGUGUGGAGUGUUCAGCAAAAAACCUGAAGAACAUAUCAGAGCUCUUUUAUUAUGCACAGAAAGCUGUUCUUCAUCCUACAGGGCCCCUGUACUGCCCAGAGGAGAAGGAGAUGAAACCAGCCUGUAUAAAAGCCCUUACUCGUAUAUUUAAAAUAUCUGAUCAAGAUAAUGAUGGCACCCUCAAUGAUGCCGAACUCAACUUCUUUCAGAGAAUUUGUUUCAAUACUCCAUUAGCUCCUCAAGCUCUAGAAGAUGUCAAGAAUGUAGUCAGAAAACAUAUAAGUGAUGGUGUGGCUGAUAGUGGAUUGACACUGAAAGGUUUUCUCUUUUUACACACACUUUUUAUCCAGAGAGGGAGACACGAAACUACUUGGACUGUGCUUCGACGAUUUGGUUAUGAUGAUGAUCUGGAUUUGACACCUGAAUAUUUAUUCCCCCUGCUAAAAAUACCUCCUGAUUGCACUACUGAAUUAAAUCAUCAUGCAUAUUUGUUUCUCCAAAGCACCUUUGACAAACAUGAUUUGGAUAGAGACUGUGCUUUGUCACCUGAUGAGCUUAAAGAUUUAUUUAAAGUUUUCCCUUACAUACCCUGGGGGCCAGAUGUGAAUAACACAGUUUGUACCAAUGAAAGAGGCUGGAUAACCUACCAGGGAUUCCUUUCCCAGUGGACGCUCACGACGUAUUUAGACGUACAGCGGUGCCUGGAGUAUUUGGGCUAUCUAGGCUAUUCAAUAUUGACUGAACAAGAGUCUCAAGCUUCAGCCAUUACAGUAACAAGAGAUAAAAAAAUAGACCUGCAGAAAAAACAGACUCAAAGAAAUGUGUUCAGAUGUAAUGUAAUUGGAAUGAAAAGCUGUGGGAAAAGUGGAGUUCUUCAGGCUCUUCUUGGAAGAAACUUAAUGAGGCAGAAGAAAAUUCGUGAUGAUCAUAAAUCCUACUAUGCGAUUAACACUGUUUAUGUAUAUGGACAAGAGAAAUACUUGUUGUUGCAUGAUAUCUCAGAAUCGGAAUUUCUAACUGAAGCUGAGAUCAUUUGUGAUGUUGUGUGCUUGGUAUAUGAUGUCAGUAAUCCCAAAUCCUUUGAAUACUGUGCCAGGAUUUUUAAGCAACACUUUAUGGACAGCAGAAUACCUUGCUUAAUCGUAGCUGCAAAGUCAGACCUGCAUGAAGUUAAACAAGAAUAUAGUAUUUCGCCUACCGAUUUCUGCAGGAAACAUAAAAUGCCUCCACCACAAGCCUUCACUUGCAAUACUGCCGAUGCACCCAGUAAGGAUAUCUUUGUUAAAUUGACAACAAUGGCCAUGUACCCAGAGGAUCAUUACAGAGACAGACUCUCCCGAGACAUGGGCAACACUGAUAGAAUAGAGAAUUUGAGAAAAAUCUGGGUCUUUCUAAAAACUGCUUUCCAUGCCCGGUUACGCUGUAUGUGCACCUGCAACAGGUGUACAUUUUGCAUCUGUCAGAACUUCCUCAACUCAGACUUGCUGCAAUCUGUAAAGAACAAAAUCUUCACUGCAGUUCUUAACAGUUUUAGUUCUGCCCUUUAGAACAACAUACGACUAUUCUACUCCCUCUUCAACAUAGCAAUCCUUCAGACUUUUGAAGACGGCCAUCAUGUCUCCCCUAAUUUUCUCUUCUCCAGGUAGAACUUCCCCAUUUCUUUCAGCCUUUUCUUAAAUUAGAUGGUUUAGUGACCUCAUCAUUCCUGGUUGUCCUUAUCUGAAAGCCCUUUAGGUUUUCAGCGUACCUCUUAAAAGGUACCAUGGAGAAUGGAUAACAGUGCUCCAAAUGUGGUCUGUCUAGUCCAGGACAAUUGGCAGUCGUGUUCCACAGUUAGGACAGCACCUGUCUAGUGCAUGACUUACUUAGCAGCCCCAUCCCACUGUUAACAUAUAUUAUUCCUGGGAUUGAGGGAGAUGUCCCCUCCUUUCUAAUCAUGUAUUUGACAUUUUUAGUUAACACUUUGAAUCUAAAUGCAGAUACAUAUGUAUCUCUACUAAAUGUCAUAUUCUUUUUGAUCCAUUUGUUCUAGAUCAGUCAUUUCAAACAUUAUUUCUGUCAUUUGUCCCAUUAUAUAUCUCUCUCAGCAUUCUGUUAUUUGCAAAUUUGGUAGAUAUGUCUUAUCUUUCAAGUUACUGAUAAAAAAAAAUAAUGUUGAAUACCUAGAGGUUGGAGAGAGAGAAAGCGUGCUAAAGCAAGUCCUAUAGUAUUCCGCUACAGAACUCUUUUCCAAUGUCAGGUUCAGAAUUCUUAGGGAAGGAUUUUUCAGUCAAUUAAAAAUAUAUUAUUAUCCAGCCCACAUUUUAUCUUCAUGUCUUAUCAGAGAUUUCAUGAAGGAUUUUUCUAAAAUCAGUAUAUAAUUUCUACCACAUUCCUCUGAUCUACCAAUGUAGUCAUUAUUUAAAUAGGAAGCGAUACUAUUUGAUGUCUUAUUGGUGCACUCACCUUGGCUCCCAGUAAUUGGUGAUAACAAACUACCUAUUUUAUUAUCUAGUCUAGAAGCUCUUGAUUGUCCAUAAUUACAGAUUGAUUCGUUGUCUGCGUCUCUGGUGACAAUUUUAUUCCUAGGUCAGUUUAGUCAGCUUCCAAAUGAAAUAGGGUGGAUGUGCAUUAACACAUUGACUGCCACACUAGAAAAAUUUUUCCUUGGGGCCACUGUGUUUUAUUAUGAAAAUAAAAUAGAAACUUUGAAAAUACAGCAAUCCUUUCAAUUUAAUGAAAAAUUUGUCAUUUUUUAUUGUUUUCUAUUCGUGAAUUAUAUGCAGUUAAAUUGUCGAUAUUAAUUGUAACAAUGAGAACAUCAACAAGUAAGAUUUUCACGAACCAACUGUGGGGUUUUGCCCAGGGGGGCCACCCAUCAUAUAACACGUAUGCUACAGCACAACAGCGUGAGUUGCCAACGCACCAUGAGGCUCCCAAGGUAAAGAGAUAUGUGGGUUACAUAUGCUUCAUGGGGCCCCUGGCUCAAAACUAGAAUGAGUUAAAUACAACUCACAUGGCAGUUAAUGUGUUAAAUGAAUAUGCUUGCUCAUAGUAAAUUAUUCUAUACAGCGAUCCUCAAAGAGAAAUCAGUUCAUUUUGUCAUAUCUAUUUAUGAACUAGAGAUAAUUUAAUGGUAGUGUCAGCACACAUCACUGAUAUCUGGUAAUCAAGAAUAGAAUGAAAAAGAUGAGUAGGGAACCCCGUGUACCUUUCAAAGAACUCCUUCCUUAUCCCUGUUAGUAUUUCAAUCAUUUAUUUAAUGGAAGUACAGUGGAAUUUUAGGGGUUCUAUAUUGAAGUUUCUUAUAGUUGAUAAAAGGUAAGAUAGGUGGGUGGGGGCCAAGACCUCAGUGCCCACAGGGCCUGGAUGGAUAAUGUAAAUGAAUGAAAGUGGCCAAGUUAAAGAAAGAAGGAGAGGGAGGUACUUUAUUUAAAAGAAGUAAUCAGAACAAAGCAUGUUUAUAGGCCACUUGUUUACAACCUCAGUCUUAAGGUAUGGCCUAGAGUCAUGAUGGUAGAGGCCUAAAAAAGACCAUCUAUGGAAUGAAAAUGUCUCUGCUUCCCCCCCACCACCAAUAUUUUUCUCCUUUCCCAUGAAAAAUUUGAAAAAAUUAUUGGGUGGUGGAGUGAAAAUGGAACUACUUUUUCCUAUUACUUCUCAGGUUUUGGCAGCCUUGGUGAUUGGUCACUAUUGGUUUGCUGUGUUAGACAUAUUUUAAUGUUAAAUAAGCAAAAGAAAGAUUGAUUAGCUAAGUAAAAGUCAUUUAAGAAUUUUUCACUGUGGCCAGGUGUGGUGGCUCACCCUGUAAUCCUAGCACUCUAGGAGGCCACAGUGGGCAGAUCGUUUG